AUGGAACCUAACCAAGAGUCUAAUGAGAAGGUGAUAACUGCCACACAUCUCGAAGCACUCGACAAUGGCGAUCUUUCAAAGCCUAUCGACAAGGCAUUUACCGAGGGCUAUGCGGUCCAGAUGCGAUCCGAGCUGGAUGACUUGCCUAUUUUGAAAGCUGUGCGCAUAUACUGGCGUAUCGCUGCAAUCUGCAUGGUGGCUGCAUUCAGUGCCGCACUAGAAGGUUACCAGCUUGCGCUCACAAAUGCCAUUGUCUCAAACAAAGGAUUCAUCCGUCAAAUGUCCGGCGGCGGUACCAAGAUCAACCCUACUCAUGUGGCUGUAUGGGGAGGCAUGCUCUCAACCGGUCAAUUUGUUGGCGUGGGCCUCCUUCAAUUGAUCACAGACAAGGUAGGCCGCAAGGUAGCCAUGCACAUUACCUGGGUUUCUCUUGUAAUCUCUGUGUCUCUGGAAACGGCUGCGACGAAUUGGAUCUACUGGCUCUUUGCUAGGCUUAUUGGAGGAGCAGGCCUCGGCAUGAUGCAAGCGACGUAUCCUGUUUAUAUCUCCGAAAACGCACCAACCCAAAUUAGAGGUCUCCUAACCACUUCCUACAUGUUGUGGUAUGUUGCCUCACAAAUAUUUGCGCCGUUAGCCUUGCGACAAUUGGCAUUCAAAGACCCAUACAACUUCAGAAUUCCCAUUCUGACUCAGUGGGGCAUGCUUGGAGUCAUGCUCAUCAUCAACCUCUUCUUCCUGCCAGAGAGUCCCUGUGAGUGGUGGCUUGUCCAGAAGGGUAUGGUUGAAAAGGCAGAAACUGUGCUGGCCAAGACACACAAGGGUGUACCUGGUUAUGAUGUGAAGAGCGAACUGUCAAUCAUUAUCGCCACGGUUGAGCACGAGCGGCAAUUUAUCGCAGAGGAUAAAAACCAGUACAAGCAGAUCUUCCAAGGUGUAAACUUUUGGCGACUCUUCAUCUGCUUCUGGCCUAAGGCCAUACAACAAUUGACUGGGCAGAGCGUCACAAACAACUACGGCACAUACUUCUUUCAACUUGCCGGUAAUAACAGUCCUUUCACGGUAACAGUUAUUCUUGCGGUUUGUCAGCUUGUGGGCGUCCUCUCAACCUCUCUCCUGUCUGAUGGAUUCGGCCGGCGAUGGCUCACUUUGGGUCUUUUUGGUUCCGGAGCUGUUUCGAUUCUUGCCAUUGGUAUUCUGGGAUCUUUCAACUACCAGAGUCGAGAAUUGGGUAAUGUCUUGGUAUUUUGGGCGUGUGUGUCCAACUUUGGCGUCAUUGGCGGUGCCAGUAUUGCGUACUCCUACAUCGCCGAGAUUCCCACCCAAAGACUUCGAGCACGGACUGCCUCUAUCGCGCUCAUGGGAUCAUUCGUUCUCGGUAUCUGCUUCAACUACACUGUCCCGCUUAUGCUCAAGGUUUGGGGUGUCAGAACAGGCUACUUCUUUGGAGCAACAGGUAUUAUUUCAUGUAUCAUCGGAUACUUUGUUCUGCCGGAAAUUGCUUGCCGAACCCCUGCCGAGAUAGACGAGAUGUUCGAAGACAAGAUUGCGCCUCGCAAAUUCCGAAAACAUGUCACACAAGUUCAGUUGUUCCUGGAGGAAAAGCAAAACAAAGGGCAAUUGUCUCUGGAGGACAGAGCGUAA